AGUAAAUUGUGUUCAAUGCAUUUGAAAAUGAAGAUAUAACUGUUAAUGAAUACCAUAAUAAUUAGAAAAUACUAAUUGGAGAAAUUGUAUUUUAUCUGCUUCUACGGAUAUCACACCACUAGAAAAGAAGAUAUUAAAGGAUAUAUCUUGGGCUGUGAAGUUGAAAUUAUUAAGCGAUACUACAGAAGAAGAAAAGAAGAAAACACACAGAAAUAUAGGUGUUGCAGCUUUAAUUUCACCAAGACGUUCAAUUUACGCUACCGAUGAUAUGAAUACUGAAAGAAAAGCGUAUGUAAUACCACUAGUUAUAUCAAAAAAGAAUCUAGUAACCGAAGAAAGUAUAUGUGCCUACAAACAUAUGUACGAUAAAUCGACAAAAGGGACAAUAGGACCUUUGAAACUGAGAAGAUUUUAUGAAAUAGAGAAGAAGAAAGAAACAAAUAAACGCGAUAGUAACAAUAAAGAUUCUGCAAUACCAUUUGAAGAAACACAACACAAUAAACAAAAUUUUGAUAAGCAGUUACCAAUGAGACGCCAAGAGGAUAUCGAAGCUACAAUAACUAACGUACCACAGAAUACAGAUGAUACCGACAUGAAGAAGAAGUUGUUUAGUUUAAUGCAUGAAUCUAUAAGAGACAGUGAUCUUAAAAUAAAGAGAGCACAACUUCUUAAACACAAUUAUGAAAAUUCCUCAGUUUUCCAAAUCGGUUACCUUAUGGGAGAUAUCACAGACAAAUAUAAUAUAAUGACAGAUGUAUCGAUGACAAUGAAAGAAAACUUUAAUGAAUGGAAACCAAUGGAGCAUAUAAAUGCAUAUGAGCAGAUUGCUAAUCAAGCAAUCGAAGUGAGCCACCUCAUAGAUUUGAUUAAAACCAUUCAUAAACAAAAUGGAACCGCAUUAUAAAAUAUUGGUCUAACCAAUUCUAUUACAAAAUUACCAAACCUACAACUUUAGGCAUACAUAGUGUUGGAUUACAAUCCAGUUUUGUAUCAAACUACA